AUGAAUUUUAUUCGUAAGAGGCUUGGAUUAUUGCCUUAGACAACAGCUAUAAUGGAAAUUUAUGAAUUUGAAUAAUCAAAUGAAGUUAUAUAUUUAUAUAGGAGAAUUUUAAAAUAAAUUUCAUUUACUUAUGAAAGAAGAUUAGAAAGAAUGUAAAAAUUAAAAGAGGCAUAAUGGAUAUUUCGAGAAUGUAAGGAUGAAAAAGAUUAAGAAUAAAUAAAAUAUUUAAAGAAAUAGGGAUAUAUAGGUAAAUUAUAAUUGAUAAUGCAUAAUCAUAGUAUUAUAAAUGCUAGAAUAGAAUAAAGUUUUGCCUUCCUUUUAUCCUAACCCAUUAGAUUUAGCAGAUCCAGAAGUUUAUAAUUAAUUUGGGAAAUAAUUAUAUAACAGAGUAAAGUUUUGA